UGCGCGGCUCCUGCGGUCUCUUCUGUCUCGGAUCCGGAGCGACUUCCUCGUCCAGAACCAGAACCAGAACCGCGGCCUGACCCAGACCCGGACCCGGUUCGGUUCUCCUCUCCCCCCGAACCCCAGCGGAGUAGACCCGGUCCCGGUCCCGGUCCCGGUCCAGCUGAGACCAGAACCAGAACCCGCCAGGCCCCGGCCCGAACCAGAACCAGAACCAGAACCAGAACCUGCAGGAACAUGGACGGAUUCACCGGCAGUUUAGAUGUCAGCAUGUCCCUGCGUUUGUCUCCAGAUGACAGCAUGUCCGGCGCCAGCGUCUCGGACGUCCACGACCGUCUGUCUGCGCUGGAGCUGCGCGUGCAGCAGCAGGACGACGAGCUGACGGUGAUGAAGGCCGCCCUCGCCGACGUCCUCCGCCGCCUCGCCGCGUCCGAGGACUCGGCCGCCGCCACGAAGAAGCAGGCCGGAGGAAAAGGUGGAACUCCGCUCAGGGAAGCGUUCUCCAUGUCCUGCAUCGCUAACGGAGGAUCGUCUGGACGGAAGAGAGACUCCACCUCCGUCACCAGGAAGGAGACGCUGUCGUCUGCUGCCAAGAGUGGAGCAGACAGGAAGAAGGAGGGCGGCAGGUUCAUGGAGGAGAUCCAGGAGCAGCAGGAGGCUCGUCCCCCCAAGGACUCGUCUUCCCGGGCCUCGUCCCCCCAGACCCCCCAGAACCCCCAGAACCCCCAGAACCCCCACAGACCGGGUUCUGACAGCAGCAAAGGCCACGCCCCUCCAAAAAGGGGCCACAGCGUGAAACGGUCCUCAGGUAUGGAACGUUCUCAGAGCAGCACCUGGGAAACCUCCGAGGAAAACCGGAACAAACUGGUGAAGGCGGCGUCCACGUCCAGACUGCUGGCCAAGGUGGCCAAGAACUCCGACAGACACAAGGAUCCGGUGGUGAAUCAAGCUAAAAUGUCGACUCGAGAGAAAAACAGCCAAGCUGAGGGAAAUCACAUCAAGAUGUUCAUGCGCGGCCGACCCAUCACCAUGUUCAUCCCGUCAGACGUGGAAAACUACGACGACGUUCGCACAGAACUUCCCCCGGAGAGACUCAAGAUGGAAUGGGUGUACGGCUACCGGGGCCGGGACUGCCGCUCCAACGUCUACCUCCUCCCCACCGGGGAGAUGCUUUACUUCGUAGCGUCGGUGGUCGUUCUGUUCAACUACGAGGAGCGGACGCAGAGACAUUACCUGGGACACACGGACUGUGUCAAGUGCCUGGCCGUCCAUCCUGAUAAAAUCCGCAUCGCUACGGGUCAGAUCGCCGGAGUGGACAAGGACGGACGGGCCCUGCAGCCUCACGUCCGGGUCUGGGACAGCGUCAGCCUCGCCACGCUGCAGGUCAUCGGACUCGGAACCUUCGAGAGAGGAGUCGGCUCGCUGGCGUUCUCCAAGGCGGACUCUGGGCAGCACCUGGGCGUUAUUGACGACUGUAACGACCACAUGCUGACGGUGUGGGACUGGCAGAAGAAGCUGAAGAUCGCAGAGAUCAAGUCGACCAACGAGGUGGUUCUGGCCGUGGAGUUCCACCCCACCGACCCCAACACCAUCGUCACCUGUGGGAAAUCCCACAUCUUCUUCUGGACCUGGACCGGGAACUCUCUGGCCCGGAAACAGGGAAUCUUCGGGAAAUACGAGAAGCCCAAGUUCGUCCAGUGUCUUUCCUUCCUGAGUUCUGGAGAGAUUCUGACCGGAGACUCGGGGGGAGUUCUGCUGAUCUGGACCAGGAGUUCUGCAGAGAACCCGGGGAAGGGGGCCCGAGCGUUCCAGAUCAGCCGGCAGGUCAAGGCCCACGAGGGGAGUGUGUUCUGUGUGUGUGAGAUGAGGAGUGGGAUUCUGCUGACGGGAGGAGGAAAAGACCGGAAGAUCAUCCUGUGGGAUCACCAGCUGCACGCGGACCGGGACAUCGAGGUUCCGGACCAGUACGGGACCAUCAGGGCCGUGUCCGAGGGGAAGGGGGACGAGUUCCUGGUGGGGACGUCCAGGAACUUCAUCCUCAGAGGAACCUUCAACGACGGCUUCCUGGUGGAGGUGCAGGGACACACGGACGAGCUGUGGGGCCUGGCCUGCCACCCGUCCAGGCAGAUGUUCCUGACCUGCGCCCAGGACCGGCUGGUCUGUCUGUGGGACUCGUCCAAUCACAGCCUGCAGUGGAGCCGGGCCCUGGAGGAACACGGACACUGUGCAGACUUCCAUCCCAGCGGAGCCGUGGUCGCCAUAGGAACGCACUCUGGAAGGUGGUUCGUUCUGGACGCCGAGACCACGGACCUGGUUGGGAUUCACACCGACGGCAACGAGCAGCUGUCCGUCAUGCGCUUCUCCGUCGAUGGCAGCCUGCUGGCCGUCGGAUCCCACGACAACUUCAUUUACCUCUACAACGUCUCGGAGCGCGGACGCAAGUACAGCCGCAGCGGCAAGUGCACUGGCCACUCCAGCUACAUCACUCACCUGGACUGGUCACCUGACAACAAGUUCAUCAUGUCCAACUCUGGAGACUACGAGAUCCUCUACUGGGACGUCCCCAACGGCUGUAAACUGAUCCGGAACCGGUCGGAGUGCAAGGACUUCGACUGGGCCACGUACACCUGCGUGCUGGGAUUCCACGUGUUCGGUGUCUGGCCCGAGGGCUCGGACGGCACCGACAUCAACGCCCUCAUGAGGUCCCACAACAGGAAGGUGAUCGCGCUGGCGGACGAUUUCUGCAAAGUCCACCUGUUCUCCUACCCCUGCUCCACCCCCAAGGCCCCCAGCCACAAGUACAGCGCCCACAGCAGUCACGUGACCAACGUCAGCUUCCUGUACAACGACAGUCACCUGAUCUCCACGGGGGGGAAGGACACCAGCAUCAUGCAGUGGAGGCUGGUGGACAAAUCCCUCCCCGACGGCCUGGUGUCAGGCUCCGCCCCCCCGCGGGCCCCGCCCCCUCCGGUGACCACGCCCACACAGGAACCCCGCCCCCUCCCGACGGCCAACGGGACGCAGGAGCCCUCCCCUGACCCCUCCCCCGUCCCAGAUCUGACCCCGCCCCCUCUAGGGCUGACCCCGCCCCCUGCAGAGCUGACCCCGCCCCCUCCAGGGCUGACCCCGCCCCCCUCCGACUCCUCCCCCCCCGACAGCACGGUGAGUCUGAAGGACAGCCUGGAGCCCAGCGACGACACGGCCACGCCCAGCGACGAAGGCCUGCCCCCGCUGACUCCGCCCUCAUAGGUGUGUGUGUGUGUGUGUGUGUGUGUGUGUGUGUGUGUGUGUGUGUGUGUGUGUGUGUGUGUGUGUGUGCGCGUGUGCGUGUGUGCGCGUGUGUGUCUGGUCCUGAACCCAGGACUUCCUGUCCAGUCCUCUCUUUGUGCCACAGCUUCAGGUCCAGACUCCAAAACUCCGGAUCAGUUUAGAACUGAUUCAGUAAAUACGAUCAUUAAAACAGCAAACUACUCUGGUUUUUGAUUGUCUUGCGUCACAGACGAGCGUCCCAGAACUCUGCUCACACGGACUACACAGAUCAGUCAGCAGGUUCAUGAGCUGUGAUGCAUCAUGGGAAAUCCUCUACGUUUGGACGUCACGUGAUCAACCGUCAGCUGUUUCAGUUUAAGAUGUGACUGGAAUCAGACGGGUGUUUCCCCGUCUCCGGCCACCGGGGGCAGCAGAGAGCCCGACACGUGAACUGGGGGAACUCUUCUCUUUUUCUUUUGUCAAAAACAGACUGAAACUGGACUCUGGUAAAUUCCACCAGGAAGAACUGGUGAAGUCUCGGCGUCAGAGAACCUUCUGGAAUUGUCUUUAGAUACUUGUUUUUAAUGCAUUCUUUGAUGACAAAAUUAUGAUUUAAUGAUGUAACAAUCAAUAAGGCAUUUCAAUCAUUAGCUCCAGUGGAAAAGACGGUUUGUUUUGACUCAAAUGUCAUUUCCAAAUGAAAAAGUCAAGCUCAGAAAGUGUGUGAUGUCAGGAUUUAACCUGACUCAGAUAAUCUGAAGUUUAGGGUAAAAAUCAGAAAACACAGAGGUGUCUAAUCAAAAAUAACUCAAAUCAGUGUUGAAUUCUGUCACGUAUUCAUUCCAGUUAAAGACACAUUUUCACAACCAUCUUUUAUAAAACCAGUAAACUUCACUCGCAGGGACAGAAAAUGUGAUUAAACUGUUGAGUUCUUGUUGUGGAUGAAAGUCCGGGUUGGACUCCCGUCUCCUCCAGGACCUUCAGCAGGUUCUGCUGCAGAUAUUCUCCAGGAUUCUCCAGGAUUCUGCAGAUAUUCUCCAGGAUUCUGCUGCAGAUAUUCUCCAGGAUUCUCCAGGAUUCUGCAGAUAUUCUCCAGGAUUCUGCUGCAGAUAUUCUCCAGGAUUCUGCAGAUAUUCUCCAGGAUUCUGCAGAUAUUCUCCAGGAUUCUGCUGCAGAUAUCCAGGAUUCUCCAGGAUUCUGCUGCAGAUAUUCUCCAGGAUUCUGCAGAUAUUCUCCAGGAUUCUGCUGCAGAUGUUCUCCAGGAUUCUGCAGAUAUUCUCCAGGAUUCUGCAGAUAUUCUCCAGGAUUAUUCUCCAGGAUUCUGCUGCAGAUAUCAGAUAUCAGGAGCGAGGCGUCUAGAUCUGCGUCUGUAUAUUUGUGUUCACCACUAGGGGGCAGCAGCAUCUCAUACACUGUUAAAAAGUUCAGUCCACAUCCGUCAUCCACUCAUGUCGCAGGAAACAUGAGCUCCUCUUUUCUGAUUGGUUGGUUUAAUAACUGUCUGAAUGACUGUAAUGUUUUUGUGUCUUCUGGACCAUUUGUGUUAAAUGUUUGAAUGUUUAAUGAUGAUGUCACUCCGGGGCAGUGCCUGUAGGGUGGGGGGGGCGAGGGCUCGCUCAUGUUGUUGCCUUUUUAAUAUUCUUCAUCUUUUCUAAGUUUGUGUCUUUUAAAGGGCUGGUGCAGAG